AUGGAGGCGCUUUACUUCAUCCAGCCCACCGCUCACAGACCGCCUGCUUCGCUCCCGCAUUGCGGCCCUAAUAGAGAUGAACCUGGAGGUCCUCACAGUGGACAUCCAGGGUUGACGGAGCAUGACAGCGCGCUGGUAGGGCUGUUCAAGGAGGACAUCAGCACUCGCGAGUACGAGCUUCUUAUCGAUGACAUCGCCACCCGCCUCUCCACCGUCUUUGCAUCCCUCAAGGAGCUCCCAACAGUGCGGUACAGAGCGGCCGAGGCGACGGGAGCAGCGGCGGUGAGCAAUGCGGGCAUGCGUGAGCUUGUUUCCACCGAGCUGGCAAAAGCUGUGUGGGAUCGAUUGAGCAAGUACAAGGCAUCCCUCCCGGACUUCCCCUCCUCUGAUACCUGCGACCUCCUCAUCCUCGACCGCUCUGUCGAUCCGGUGGCGCCCAUCAUCCAUGACUGGAGCUAUGGUGGCAUGUGCUUCGACCUGCUGCCUCUUGAUGGGCAGAAAUACGAAUGUCGUCAAGCUCGUACAGGUCAGUCUACUGCACUCAACCACUUCGCACCUUUGUCCCAGCUGCAGCGAUCCUCUCCGUGCAAUGGCUUUUCGCUCCCCGAGUACCAGAAGCAGUUUGACAAAGUGGAGCUGCAUAUCAAGAUCUCCUCCGAUCUCAUGAAGCAUCUCAACGCAGACAUGCUGUCCGAUUUGGGAAAGGUGGAGCAGGGCUUUGUGUUUGGGUAUUCAGGGACGAGCUACAAGGAGCUGACGGCGCUGAUCAACAAGUACCCCGACAUGAGCACGGAGAACAAGAUGCGGCUGCUCAUGCGCUCUCAUGCUGUCACACGGUGCCUCUCUGUCUCUCUAUCGUUUUCCCUCUCAGCCCCAUGCCACACCCGUCCCUUCCCGCUCCCCGCCUUUUUCUUUCAGGUGGCGAAGCUAGACCAGAAGGACAUGCGCACGGUGGUCAACUUGGAGUUCCUGGGAGUGGGAAAUAACAAGGACGCCUCUUCGGGCUCCCCCCUCUCCUUCCGCAAUCGCAAGGAAAAGGGCCGAGUGCGCAAGGAAGAGGCAUAUGAGCUUUCUAGCUUCUACACGUUGAUCCAGGAAAUUCUUGGGGGCUCGGUACAGGACGAGGGCGAGCUGUCACUGCAGGACGAGCUGUCUCGCUUCUACCCGUUUAUCCAGGACAUCUUAGAGCAUAUGCACGAGGGCAAGCUGUCACUGCAGGACUACCCCUACAUGCAAGAGCCCGGCUCCACCCCCUCCGGCUCCGCCCCUUCCAGCUCUGCCUGUCCCCGCGGAGGAGCCUCAGACCCUGCCUUCUCCCUCGAGCCCUCACCCGACUCCUCAGCAGCCGGGAAGACCGGGUCGGCAGAGGCAGCAGGACUUGGGGUGGGUCGGCUAAAGGCUGCAGGGUCAGUGCGGCCUGAGAAGCCUGCCGGGUCGGCCCGGGCGGCCAUGAGUGCGAGGAAAGGCAGGGAGAAGGGCAGGGAGGAAUAG